GGGCAACUUGAAGUGGAAAACGAACCGAGGGCACGCUUCAUCCUCUCUCUCUCUCUCUCUCUGCCUCCCUCUCCCUUUCCUCUCGAUCGCUUCCGUUAUUUUUCUCCUUUUUCACCCGCCGCUUCAGUGCGAGAUAUGGAAGCCCCCGCUGGCGCCAACGGCGGAGAGGGCCCUCCCGAACGGGCCGUCGUAGAGGAGUCAGCACGCCUCGCCGAUCGCGCUCGCGAGCUUCACGACGCCGCCGCGGCUCUCGCUUCCAGGACCUCCGCCGACGAGGAUUCCCUCCGUGCGCGCGCGCUGGCGCUUGAAUCCGAUCUUCGACGGCUGCGAUCUUCUCUCAGCACCGCCAUCAAAAACCGGGAGGUCAAUCGGACGGUCGCCGAGAAGGUGGAGGAGGAAUUGGAUAGAGCUAGUUAUGCACUCAGCGAGGGCGAUGCUGCAUUUCUUCUUGCUGGCAAGACUCAGGGUAAGUUUCUGAGGAUGUUUCUUGGCCCUGUGAACGUACGUGCUGCCAGGAAAGACGUUCAAUUGAAAGUAAAGGAGGAGUACAACAACUACAAAGACAGGACAGCCAUAUUGUUUGUUCUUUUUCCUUCUACUUUACUUCUUCUGAGGUCCUGGAUUUGGGAUGGGUGCUUCCCUAUAUUGCCAGUCCAACUCUACCAAGUUUGGCUAUUAUUUCUCUAUACAAGUUUAGCUUUGAGAGAGAACGUACUGAGGGCAAAUGGAAGUGAUAUCAGGCCUUGGUGGAUUUACCAUCAUUAUUGUGCCAUGUUGAUGGCCCUUAUUAGUCUCACAUGGGAGAUAAAAGGGGAACCUGAUUGUAACUUCAAGCAGAGAGGUGUCCAACUAUUUUUGGCAUGGGCUGUUAUGCAAGGUUUUGCAAUGCUUUUACAAAAUAGGUACCAAAGGCAGAGGCUGUAUACUCGAAUUGCUUUGGGAAAGGCAAAGAGAAUGGAUGUUGUGUGGGGAGAAACAGCUGGAGUACGAGGUCAACUGUUGUUGUUAUGUCCAAUCCUAUUCACUUUGCAGGGAUUCGAAGGAUAUGUUGGAGUGCUAUUACUACGCACUGCUUUGGUUGGAGCUGUAUCUGAGUGGCAGGUAAUAGUUUGUGGAAUCUUGCUUAUUGUGAUGGCCGUGGGCAAUUUUGUUAACACAGUCCAGACCCUGAUGGAAAAAUCAAAGGUAAAAGCCAGAGUCAAGAAAAAUAAGAGCAAAUAGGAGAGAUCAUGAAGUUAGCUUUAUCCCAACUGACUCGAGAUUGGGUAGUAGUAGGCUAAUGACCUACCAUCUGCUGCUGUUUUUAUGUAUUAUUUAUCUCCUUGUAUAGUCUUCUUCGACAUAAUUUUUAAAGAUAAAUUUGUAAUAAGUUUACAGAGUAACAGGAUCGUCUUUGAAGGUUUUUUGCUUGAUGCAACUAGGAUGCCACUCAUUUCGUACAACCUUUGUUCAAGGAAGAAAAUUGUGGAGAGUUGGUUGAGCUUGUUCA